AUGCCAUCACAGCACGUCAUCUUCCAUGGUGGCACGGAAUGGACUGUACUGUCGGCGUAUGGACCAGAACAUCUGGAGAACAGAUACACCAAGCAAUUGGCACGUACCACCAACGCGCUCUUGCAUGACGACCAGCGGAAGCGUUUUUAUUCAGGCAAUGUACCUGAGACCAGACAAUAUUUCGGCGAAUAUUCCGUGCCAUCAACCACAUACGGAGACGGGAUUAGCCUAUGGGGGCGGUAUUUCGAUAGGGGCGUAGCGGAUGCAAAAUUGCAUCCGCGGCCACAGGGCCGAUUAAAGGAUUAUCGGGCAGUUGCGCGUGGAACGACGGUCAAUAAACCGGAGACUUCCAUGGAAAGCUCCCCACGGAGGGCCACGUACGUGUCGAUCGAGGACGAGAUCCUCCAGACGUCGGCCGGUGUCGGCGGAGCGGAUUAUGUAUAUGGGCGUGCAUUCCAGAGGGCUGUGGGAUCUGGGCGUCCUGCGCCGCACCGACACACAGACUCUGAGAGUACCGAGAGUACCGCGAGCCUCGAGAUUGUCCAGGAAGGGAGCGAAGAUGUAGCCCGUCCGCGUACGAAGACAUGGACCGACUUCUCGCGACUCUCGAUAAACGUCACAACAGAGGGUGGAAGCCAGCGUCUGCUAGACCUGCGAGUACCUCUGUAA